UCAUUGUACUUUAGUGAAGCUGGCUGUUGAACUUUGCUGUAGUUGAUGGGAAAAAUUUCUCCUGGACUAUUCCGCACCCUAAUUUCAUCCUAGUUGAAAAAUAUUCAAAUGCCAUAAGGAACCUUUGUAGCUUUGCACUUUGCUUUCGAAGAUGGACAUUUCUAGGAUGGAGAGAACUGUACUAUAGCUUGGUUCAAGGACAUUGCCAUCCAAUGCCCACUGACUACAGUGUGAAUGUGGAAGGUUCCAGAGAGAGGGAACAAUCCACAAGUUUGCAGACAACCAGGAACAUGGAAGCAACCCAGAUUUAAAAAGCACAGCCUUGGAGACACUCCAUGAGUCUGCUUGGCUUCCAGGCAAAGUAGCACUUAAGACCUUGUGUAACAAAAUGGACACUGGGGAUACAGCUCUAGGACAAAAAGCUACCUCAAGGUCUGGAGAAACUGACAGUGUGUCAGGUAGAUGGAGGCAGGAACCAUCAGCUGUUAUUAAGAUGAGCACUUUCGGCAGUCAGGAAGGACAGCGGCAGCCACAAAUAGAUCCCGAGCAAAUCGGAAAUGCAGCAUCAGCACAACUGUUCGGUGCUGGGAAGCUGGCCUCGCCUGGCGAGGGGCUACAUCAAGUCACAGAGAAGCAAUACCCACCACACCGUCCGAGCCCCUACCCAUGCCAACAUUCCCUCUCCUUCCCUCAGCACUCAUUGCCACAGGGCGUCAUGCACAGCAACAAGCCGCACCAGAGCCUAGAAGGCCCUCCAUGGCUUUUCCCUGGCCCCUUGCCAUCUGUUGCCUCCGAGGACUUAUUUCCUUUCCCUAUCCACAGCCAUGGCAGUGGCUAUCCUAGAAAGAAGAUCUCAAGUCUCAACCCUGCUUACAGCCAAUACUCCCAGAAAAGUAUUGAACAGGCAGAAGAUGCUCAUAGGAAAGAACACAAACCCAAAAAGCCUGGCAAAUAUAUCUGCCCAUACUGUAGCAGGGCGUGUGCCAAACCAAGCGUCCUAAAGAAACACAUCAGGUCCCAUACUGGUGAGCGGCCAUACCCAUGUAUACCUUGUGGUUUCUCUUUCAAGACAAAGAGCAAUUUGUACAAGCACAGGAAGUCUCAUGCCCAUGCAAUUAAGGCUGGAUUGGUACCUUUCACAGAGUCAUCUGUAUCUAAAUUGGACCUUGAGGCUGGUUUUAUUGAUGUAGAAGCAGAGAUACAUUCGGAUGGCGAGCAGAGUACAGACACGGAUGAGGAGAGCUCUUUAUUUGCUGAGGCUUCUGACAAAAUGAGCCCUGGCCCUCCCAUCCCAUUGGAUAUUGCUAGCAGAGGUGGCUACCAUGGGUCCUUGGAAGAAUCCUUGGGCGGUCCGAUGAAGGUGCCAAUUUUGAUUAUCCCCAAAAGCGGGAUCCCACUACCUAGUGAAAGCUCUCCGUAUCUGGGCUCUGACAUGCUCCCAAAUCCGUCUCUGCAUGCGAAGGCUGAUGACUCUCACACAGUGAAACAGAAACUGGCACUACGGCUGUCUGAGAAGAAAGGACAAGACUCUGAGCCAUCCCUCAACCUCCUGAGCCCGCACAGCAAAGGAAGCACUGAUUCGGGCUACUUUUCCCGCUCGGAAAGUGCAGAGCAGCAAAUCAGCCCACCCAACACAAAUGCAAAGUCUUACGAAGAGAUCAUCUUUGGAAAAUACUGUCGACUUAGUCCAAGGAACACACUCAGUGUGACUCCCACAGGUCAGGAGCGCACCACCAUGGGGCGGAGAGGCGUCAUGGAACCAUUACCUCACGUCAACACCAGGUUGGAGGUCAAGAUGUUUGAAGAUCCUGUCUCACAGCUGAUUCCCGGCAAAGGAGAAAUGGACCCUGGUCAAGCAAGCAUGCUGAAGCCCACGAAAUUCAACACUGAGUGUAGGCAACCGCAGGCCGUCCCAUCAUCCAUCAGGAAUGAAGGAAAACUUUACCCAGGAAACUUCCCAGGCAGCAAUCCAGUUCUCUUAGAGGCGCCCGUGGACUCUUCACCCCUUAUUAGAAGCAACUCAAUGCCAACUUCCUCAGCAACUAACUUAAGUAUCCCUCCUUCUCUGAGAGGAAGUCACUCGUUUGAUGAACGGAUGACAGGGUCAGAUGAUGUGUUCUAUCCCGGCACUGUAGGCAUACCUCCUCAGCGCAUGUUAAGACGACAAGCGGCAUUUGAGCUGCCAUCGGUACAGGAGGGGCACAUGGAGUCUGAGCACCCUCCCAGGAUGCCCAAGAGCCUUGCCAGCUCAUCUCUGAAAGAAAAGAAAUUGGCUCCUGGAGACAGGGUUGGGUAUGACUAUGAUGUCUGCCGUAAACCGUAUAAGAAAUGGGAAGACUCCGAAACACCAAAACAAAGCUACAGGGACAUCUCUUGCUUAAGUUCUUUCAAGCACGGAGGAGAAUACUUUAUGGACCCCUCCAUACCAUUGCAGGGAGUGCCAACCAUGUUUGGGACUACCUGUGAGAACAGGAAACGCAGGAAAGAGAAGAGUGUAGGGGAUGAGGAGGAUGCUCCCAUGAUUUGUGGUGGCAUGGGAAGUGCUCCCGUGAGCAUGAUGUCUUCCGAGUAUGACCCCAAGAUGCAGGAAGGAGGAAGGAGUAGCUUCGCCAUGACAGGCCACGAGAACCUUCCUCACGGUCACUCUGAGCGUUUUGACCCAGCUCGACCCCAGCUAUCAUCUGGAAGUCCAUCUCUUGGCUCAGAGGAUUUGCCCUCAGCUGCUGAUCCUGACAAGAUGUCAGACCUGAGCAGGAAGCCUCCCGGAAACGUGAUUUCAGUGAUUCAGCACACAAACUCGCUGAGCCGGCCCAAUUCCUUUGAAAGGUCCGAGUCAGCGGAAAUGGUGGCCGGUACACAGGACAAGACCCCUUCACCCUCUGAGACAGGUGACAGUGAGAUUAUGGAAGCCCCUAUAAGCCCAGAAUGGGCCCCUCCAGGCGAUGGGGCAGAAAGUGGAAGCAAGCCAACCCCUUCACAGCAGGUGCCACAGCCGUCCUACCAUACACAGCCCAGGCUUGUUCGCCAGCACAACAUCCAGGUUCCCGAAAUUAGAGUCACAGAGGAACCUGAUAAACCUGAGAAGGAGAAGGAGGUUCCUGCCAAGGAGCAAGAGAAGCCUGUGGAGGAAUUCCAGUGGCCCCAGAGAAGUGAGACCCUUUCCCAGCUCCCUGCUGAGAAGUUGCCUCCCAAAAAGAAACGCUUGCGGCUGGCAGACAUGGAGCACUCCUCCGGGGAGUCCAGUUUUGAGUCCACAGGCACUGGCCUCUCUCGAAGUCCCAGCCAAGAGAGCAACUUAUCCCACAGUUCCAGCUUCUCAAUGUCCUUUGAGAGAGAAGAAACGCUUAAGCUCGCUGCACCCCCUAAGCAGGAUGAGAGUGGGAAACAUUCUGAGUUUUUGACUGUCCCCGCGGGUACAUACUCAUUGUCUGUCCCAGGUCAUCACCACCAGAAAGAAAUGAGGCGUUGCUCCUCCGAGCAAAUGCCUUGUCCUCAUCCGACAGAAGUCCCAGAAAUACGGAGUAAAUCGUUUGAUUACGGGAAUCUGUCCCAUGCUCCGGUGUCGGGAGCAUCCCCGUCCACAUUAUCACCAUCCCGGGAGAGGAAGAAAUGCUUUCUGGUGCGACAGGCUUCCUUCAGCGGCUCCCCAGAAAUCGUCCAAGGUGAAGCCGGUGUGGACCCCAGCGUCAAGCAGGAGCAGAUGGAGCAGCUGCAUGCUGGCCUCAGGGCUGCCUGGUCCUCUGUGCUCCCGCCCCUCCCAGGGGAUGACCCAGGCAAGCAGGUGGUCGGUCCCUGUGGCCAGUUGAGCUCAGGGCCACCACUCCACCUUGCCCAACCACAGAUCAUGCACAUGGACAGUCAGGAAUCUCUGAGGAAUCCGUUGAUGCAACCAACAUCCUACAUGGCCAGCAAGCACUUACCCGAGCAGCCGCAUCUGUUCCCACAUCAAGACACAGUCCCAUUUUCUCCUACCCAGAAUGCCUUGUUUCAGUUUCAGUACCCGACUGUCUGUAUGGUUCAUUUGCCAGCUCAGCAGCCUCCCUGGUGGCAGGCGCAUUUCCCCCAUCCCUUUGCCCCACACCCUCAGAGCAGCUACAGCAAGCCUUCUUUCCAAGCUGACGUUCAUUCUAGCUACCCCUUAGAGCACGUAGCAGAACACACUGGAAAGAAAUCUGCUGACUAUGCACAUGCAAAAGAGCAUACUUACCCGUGUUACUCCGGAACAUCAGGGCUACACUCCAAGAACCUCCCUCCGAAGUUUCCGUCAGACCCGAGCAGUAAAUCCACUGAAACGCCCACCGAGCAGCUUCUUCGAGAAGAUUUUGCCUCCGAAAAUGCCGGGCCUUUGCAGUCCCUCCCGGGAACGGUGGUUCCAGUUCGGAUCCAGACCCACGUUCCAUCCUAUGGCAGUGUCAUGUACACAAGCAUUUCUCAGAUACUUGGACAGAAUAGCCCCGCGAUUGUCAUAUGCAAGGUUGAUGAGAAUAUGACCCAAAGAACACUGGUAACCAACGCAGCCAUGCAAGGGAUAGGAUUGAACAUAGCCCAAGUGCUUGGGCAGCACACAGGCUUGGAAAAAUACCCUCUUUGGAAAGUACCUCAGACCUUACCUCUGGGCUUAGAAUCCUCCAUCCCCCUGUGUCUACCUUCCACCUCGGACAGCGCAGCCUCUCUUGGAGGAAGCAAGAGGAUGCUGUCUCCAGCCAGCAGUUUGGAGCUCUUCAUGGAAACAAAGCAGCAGAAACGGGUGAAGGAGGAGAAGAUGUACGGGCAGAUUGUGGAAGAGCUCAGUGCGGUGGAGCUAACCAACUCAGACAUCAAGAAGGGCCUCUCCCGCCCCCAGAAGCCCCAGCUAGUGAGGCAAGGGUGUGCUUCGGAGCCAAAGGAUGGCUCCCAGUCAAGGUCAUCUUCCUUCUCCUCCCUGUCGCCUUCCUCUUCUCAAGACCAUCCGUCUGCCAGCGGGCCUUUUCCUCCCAACAGGGAGAUGCUUCCGGGUUCCAGGGCACCUCCACGACGGAAGUUCAGCGGGCCAUCAGAAAGCAGAGAGUCCUCCGAUGAGUUGGACAUCGACGAGACUGCAUCAGACAUGAGCGUGAGUCCUCAAAGCUCCUCCCUGCCCACUGGAGGCAGUCAGCAGGAAGAGGAAGGGAAGACCCGCAAGCUGCCUGUUGGCAUGCUAGUUCACAUGGCCUCUGGCCCUGGAGGAAGCGUGGCCAAUUCCACCUUUUUUUUCACAGACGUGGCAGAUUUCCAGCAGAUCCUUCAGUUCCCCAGUCUGCGGACAACAACUACUGUGAGUUGGUGCUUCUUAAAUUAUACAAAACCCAAUUUCGUGCAACAGGCCACGUUCAAAUCCUCAGUUUAUGCUUCAUGGUGCGUUAGUUCCUGUAACCCAAACCCGUCAGGAUUGAACACCAAGACCACGCUGGCCCUUCUGAGAUCCAAACAAAAAAUCACUGCAGAAAUUUAUACUCUGGCUGCUAUGCACAGUCCCGGAACUGGCAAGCUCACAUCCUCCAGUGCUUGGAAGCAAUUUGCACAGGUGAAGCCUGAUGCACCCUUCUUGUUCGGCAACAAACUAGAAAGGAAAUUAGUGGGGAAUGUCUUAAAGGAAAGAGGAAAAGGAGAGAUUCACGGAGAUAAAGAUCUUGGAUCCAAACAAACCGAGCCAAUCCGAAUUAAGAUCUUUGAAGGGGGGUACAAAUCAAAUGAAGAUUAUGUGUAUGUCAGAGGACGUGGACGUGGAAAGUACAUUUGUGAAGAGUGUGGAAUCCGCUGUAAGAAGCCAAGCAUGCUCAAAAAACACAUCCGCACUCAUACUGAUGUCCGGCCUUAUGUAUGCAAGCUGUGUAACUUUGCUUUCAAGACGAAAGGAAACCUAACGAAACACAUGAAAUCUAAAGCACACAUGAAAAAGUGUCUGGAGCUGGGUGUCUCGAUGACAUCAGUAGAGGACACAGAAACUGAGGAAGCAGAAAACAUGGAAGAUUUGCAUAAAACAUCUGAGAAGCAUAGCAUGUCCAGCAUUUCAACUGAUCACCAGUUCUCGGAUGCCGAGGAAUCCGAUGGUGAAGAUGGCGAUGAUAAUGAUGAUGAUGAUGAAGAUGAUGAUGACUUCGAUGACCAGGGAGAUUUGACACCCAAAACAAGAUCAAGAAGCACCAGUCCUCAGCCUCCUCGGUUCUCCUCCUUGCCUGUCAAUGUUGGCGCUGGACCCCAUGGAGUUCCUUCAGAUAACUCUUUGGGACAUUCUUCAUUGAUCAGCUAUUUGGUUACUUUACCAAGUAUUCAGGUUACUCAGCUCAUGACACCCAGCGACUCUUGUGAAGAUACGCAGAUGACAGAGUAUCAGAGGCUGUUCCAGAGCAAAAGUACAGACUCGGAACCAGACAAAGACAGGUUAGACAUCCCAGGUUGCAUGGAUGAAGAGGCCAUGUUGUCUUCAGAGCCAAGCUCCUCCCCAAGAGACUUCUCCCCCUCCAGCCACCAUUCUUCACCAGGAUAUGAUUCUUCACCCUGUCGAGAUAAUUCGCCAAAGAGGUAUCUGAUACCCAAAGGAGAUCUGUCACCCAGAAGACAUUUAUCGCCUAGAAGAGAUUUGUCACCCAUGAGGCAUCUGUCACCAAGAAAGGAAGCUGCAUUGAGGAGAGAGAUGUCUCAAGGGGAUGCUUCACCAAGAAGGCAUUUGUCUCCAAGGAGGCCAUUGUCUCCUGGAAAAGACAUGACAGCAAGAAGAGACCUCUCUCCCAGAAGAGAGAGAAGAUAUAUGACCACCAUCAGAGCACCAUCUCCCAGAAGGGCUUUAUAUCAUAACCCGCCGUUACCCAUGGGACAGUAUCUGCAAACAGAGCCAAUUGUAUUGGGGCCUCCUAAUCUCAGAAGAGGAUUACCUCAGGUUCCUUACUUCAGUCUCUAUGGAGACCAAGAAGGUGCUUAUGAACAUCACGGCUCCAGCCUUUUCCCUGAGGGUCCUACUGACUAUGUCUUCAGUCAUCUUCCUCUCCACUCUCAGCAGCAAGUCCGAGCUCCUAUCCCCAUGGUGCCAGUUGGUGGGAUCCAGAUGGUUCACUCCGUGCCACCGGCCCUUUCUGGUUUACAUCCUCCACCCACAUUGCCUCUGCCCAUGGAGGGCUCUGAGGAGAAGAAAGGAGCACCAGGGGAGGCCUUCACUAAGGAUCCCUACACCCUUUCCAGGCGGCAUGAGAAGCAAGCCCCUCCCAUUUUGCAGUCAUCUGGUCUACCUAGCUCACCCUCCUCCCCACGGCUAUUGAUGAAACAGAGUACUUCAGAAGACAGCCUCAAUGCCACAGAGAGGGAACAGGAAGAGAACAUACAGACUUGUACAAAAGCCAUCGCCUCACUCCGGAUUGCCACAGAAGAGGCAGCUCUGCUUGGGGCCGAUCAGCCCACGUGGGGGCACGAGCCCCACCAGAAACCCUUGGAAAGUGCACCCAUCAGCAUGAGACACUUUAGCGGGCCUGAGCCAGGUCAGCCUUGUACCUCAGCAGCCCACCCUGACUUACAUGAUGGCGGAAAGGACAGUUUGGCGCCAUCACAGACUGCAGGAGCUCACUCCACAUUUUACAGCAAGGGCAGCGUGGAUGAGAAGAAGGCGGACUUUCCUAGCAGCAAGGAAUUAUCUUUAAGCACAGAGGAAGGUAACGAACCUUCAUCAGAGAAGAAUCAACUACAUUGAUCUGAGUUGCAUGGACACGUUCAUUUCCAUAUUUCCCCUUUUUUCUUGUUUUUGUUUUUCUAGGAAUAGAGGUAACCGAGUUGAUAGCAUGCCUGUCCUAAGUUACAAUAGUUGGCUAUUAUAAAUACUUUUGUUGUUUUGAAAACAAUUAGGUAAAUCAACAAGUCAUCUUGAGCCUGACCAAAACAAAAUUUGAAAUUAACCUAUUGGGUCUGGUACUUUUAAAAUUGUACAGAUGUUUGUGCCUUUUCUUUACUUUGCUUAUAUUCUUAUAAGCAUUUUUUAGCAGUAAUUUGUACAUAUUUUAGAAUUUGUGUAUCUGCUUUGUAAUAAAUGUAAUUUCUUUCCUCUUUUGGACACUUGGAUCUAAAUGGUGUAAAGCAAAACAGCAUCAAUAUAUAUGUGAGGUUGCACUAAAACAUAUUUUUAUAUGAUAAAAAACUGAACAGCUUUUAUGUACAGCUCUGAUUCUGUAAUACUAAUAUUUAUUUUGUUUCAUAAAUUGUACAUUUUUUCUUAAUGUUGUGGAUUGCUUUUCUAUGUGAAGCAUGGAUUUACUGUUGCGUAACUAGAACAGAAAUGUCCAUUGUAAGCAAGAUAUUUAAGCUAGAAUAUCUUAUUCUGCACUUAUGCAUUAGUUAUUAAAAAAAAGAUAAAGGACGUAUCCGUUGGUUCUUAACUUGUAAAUUCUUUCUGUCUCGUUUGCUGGACUGACAGUAACUUAAGAGCUGAUUGUGAUUUUAAAUGGAUAGUACCGUAAAGCAUUAAAGUAAACAAUGUGCUAUUGUGAGUUUUUUCAAAGCUUUAUAAAUCAGUUAUAAAUAAUAUUAAAAGUAUUUGGUCUUCUGUGAACAUGUUGAUCUAUAUACUCAUCUAAAAAUAUGGGAAAAAACAUUCCGCCCCAUGUAAAUAUGUACAAGUGCAUCAUUGGUGCAGUUUUGCGUAACUCAGUUGGACACGAGGUUGCCACAGACCUCAGCUAGGGUGUCUUUAAAAAUUAAAAUGACAGAGCACAUGGGACUGUGUAGAGCUUGGUUAUCGGCCGGCCCGGUGGCUUGGUAGGCAGUGCUGUGCGCUGCCUGUGGAAAAGACCUGGACUUGAAAAUCUUGGUUCUUGCUGCACAGGAUAGUGACUGGAACUAAGGCUGCAUGGAGGGAUUGCACUUGGACUUGAGGGUUGGGUGUGGAAGCGGGGAAGGGGGAUGGAGACCUGCUCCCCGGCUCUUCCCAUCAGCCUGUUCGUAUGGUUACAGGGUUAACAUCAGCAUUAGGGGAUGCCGCCUUGCCCUUCCUACAGGGAAAGAGUGUCUCUCCUGGCUGUCUCAGGGGGAAUGAAGAAGAGAAGCCUUCAAGAGAAAGCAGCUCUUGGGAGGAGGAAGUUUUUUGUAUAUAACCUUCAGAACGGCUUUUGGUCAGUGUUGAAGGUGGGAAGAGCCUUUGCAGGUCCAGAAGAGCGGAGCAGAGGGAGGGGUACAGCAACAUGUGCACACGCACGCACAUGUAUGUGCAUGCGCACACACAAUCUGGGUUAUCUUUGUGCUAUAUAGUGGAUUAUAAUUCUGUGAAACCAAGUUUGUAUAUUGAAUUACAUUAAGGAGUGUUCUUUAAAAAGAGAAAUAAAUAUACAAUUACAUGCU